AUGGGCACUAAGGUGCAUUUGAGUACAGCUUAUCAUCCGCAGACAGAUGGUCAGUCAGAGAGGACUAUUCAGACCUUGGAGGAUUUGCUGAGGAUGUGUGUGUUGGAUUGGGGUGGCCAUUGGGCAGAUCACCUGAGCUUAGUUGAGUUUGCAUACAACAACAGCUUUCAGGCGAGUAUUGGCAUGGCUCCAUUUGAGGCUUUGUAUGGGAGGCCAUGUAGGACACCCUUAUGCUGGACCCAAGUGGGGGAGCGCAGCAUGUAUGGAGCUACUUAUGUUCAGGAGACUACAGAGAAGGUCCGUGUGGUGAGGCUGAACAUGAAGGAAGCUCAGGACAGGCAGAAGAGUUAUGCAGAUAGACGCAGACGAGAGCUUGAGUUUCAGUGGUUCUACAGAGGAGACUUGGGAGCCAGAGGCAAAGAUGAAAUUGAAGUUCAGGAAGUGGUUCGACAAGCAGACUCUCUGGGUGCAAGUAGGCCUCAGUUGAGUGUAGCUUAUCUGGGUGCAAGUAGGCCUCAGUAUAAGCAGUUUGGUUCAUCUGGGUGCAAGUGGGCCUCAGUAUGGACAGUUUCGGGUUCGUCUGGGUGCAAGUGGGCCUCAGUGCGGACCGGUGUGGACUUGUCUGGGGAUCAGGUGAGGAUCUCCAGUGUUGCGGCCUUGCGAGGUCGGGUUUUUGUGGUCUUUGUGACGUUUGUUUGUUGGGAUUCGAGGUCGAAUCCAGUUUAG